CAGAGGACACGGUCGCGCGUGGCAGCGGCGGUGGCGGGCGGAGGAGCGCGGCGGAUCACCAUGGCCGAGCUGCUGCGGAGCCUGCAGGAUUCGCAGCUCGUGGCGCGUUUUCAGCGCCGCUGCGGGCUCUACCCGGCGCGGGAGGAAGGUCCCCGGGAGGACAGUGCGGGCCCUUCGGAGCGGGCGGCGCGGGCCCCCGAGGCUGCGCAUCUCCCGCAGGCUUAUGUAGAGAAGUAUGUUGUGAAGAACUAUUUCUACUAUUACCUGUUCCGAUUUUCAGCUGCUUUGGGUCAAGAAGUAUUCUACAUCACUUUUCUCCCAUUCAUGCACUGGAACAUUGAUCCUUAUUUGUCCAGAAGAUUGGUCAUGAUAUGGGUUUUGGUGAUGUACGUUGGUCAGAUGGCCAAGGACAUCCUGAAGUGGCCCCGGCCGUCUUCCCCUCCUGUUGUGAAACUUGAAAAGAGAGUGGUUGCAGAAUACGGGAUGCCAUCCACCCACGCCAUGGCAGCCACUGCCAUUGCUUUCACCCUCCUUAUCUCUACCAUGGACAGGUACCAGUACCCCUUUGCCUUAGGCCUGGUGAUGGCUGUGGUGUUUUCUACGUUGGUGUGUGUCAGCAGAAUCUACACUGGAAUGCACACAGUCCUGGAUGUGCUGGGCGGAGUCCUGAUCACUGCAGUCCUCAUUAUCCUCACCCACCCUGCCUGGACCCUCCUGGACUGCCUGGACUCAGCCAGCCCCCUUUUCCCUGUGUGUGUCAUAGUUGUGCCAUUCUUCCUGUGCUACAACUAUCCUGUGUCUGAUUACUACAGCCCGACCAGGGCAGAUACCACCACCAUCGUGGCUGCUGGGGCUGGAGUGACCCUGGGAUUCUGGAUCAACCACUUCUUCCAGCUGGUAUCCAAGCCCACCCCAUCUCUUUCUGUGAUUCAGAACAUCCCACCACUCACUACUGACAUGCUGGUUUUAGGUCUGACUAAGUUUAUGGUGGGAAUUGUGCUGAUUCUCUUGGUUCGUCAACUGGUACAGAACCUCUCGCUGCAGGUGUUAUUCUCUUGGUUCAAGGUGGUCACAAGGAACAAGGAGGCCAGGCGGAGACUGGAGAUUGAAGUCCCUUACAAGUUUGUCACCUACACGUCUGUCGGCAUCUGUGCCACCACCUUUGUGCCAAUGUUGCACAGGUUUCUGGGACUGCUGUAAGCCUCAUACAGAAGAUAGCCCACCAAUGUGAGAGGCAACGCAUGGGAAAGUUGUUGGGGGCAAUCUUGACAACUCGUUUAAGAAAAAUAUUGUCAUAUUUCUGUUCUGCUGAUAUAAGGUAGAUACUACAACUAUGGGACCAGUGCCUCAUGUGAUUGGUCUGUAAGGGUUGUACUCCAGUUGACCUCAGGCUGAAAACCACACUUGAGAUCUAUAAGGCCACCCCUCCUUUUUCUGUUACAUGGACUUCGUCUUGGUUGGACAGGAAUUGUGUCCUGGUUUGGGAAUGGCUACAAGUCCCAUCAGGCUCUGGAGAGAGCCAACAGACUUAAGGUAAUACAGAGGAAGACCAGUUAUCACCUUGCCUAAUGCUGAGUCUCAUUCCCCAAACUGGAGCUUAGUCUGGGAGAAAAGAUGGCACCAUGUAAAACUGCA